AGGAGGCUAUGGAGGGGAGACCGUUUUCUUCGCCUUCCUGCCGUUCUUCCGCGAGGCGUUUGUUUUGAUAGGCUCCGAAAGGGGAGGCCGCGCUGAAGAAGGGGCGGAAAAGGCGGGCUGCGCUGCAGCCAGGGAGACCCUUCAGCUUGCAGGCAAUGGUCCACCCUCGCUGCCUGGCUCGUCCCCUCUGCCCCCCACUGGCUUUGAGGCUUUUGUUCUCUCCAGUUCGGGGCACAAGAGAGCUACCUGCCGCCACCGUCGCUCCUGCCUCCAGACGUAAGGAAAGUUCGAGGAGAAAACCGGCUCGGGGUUCGACCUCCUUUGAGCUGCAGAGCAUUCAGUUUGACCAAAGCACUGCCAUGAAGGGUGAAAGUCUACCUUCCCUCUUCUGGAUAUGUCACUAUAAUUUAGCCAAGGGCCAUGAAUCAUGACACCAUCUUAUUUACUAAAAUGCCUUGAAGUCUCUUUCUCUCUCUGCUGAAGUGAUGGUUUUUUCUGCAACGCUGGCACCUGCUCAUUCUGUGUCAUUAAAUGCAACUUUUAUUGUCUAUGAAAAUGCCCAUGCCAAUAUUACCACUCCGUUGAUCUUGGUCCAUAAGGGCACAGCACAGCUACUGAAAUACCAUUUGGGUGCCAUGGUUACUACUGAGGUAACUCCUCUGACAGUCAAUAGUACACCUGCCCUCCUGUUACAAGGCUUCACCAGCUUGAGUCUGCCACUCCAGAUCAUUCUUUCUGCUGCCAUGAUAUUUAUUCUCCUAGUUUCUUUUGUUGGUAACCUUGUUGUCUGCCUUAUGGUCUAUCAGAAGACUGCAAUGCGAUCUGCAAUUAACAUUCUUCUAGCUAGCUUGGCUUUUGCAGACAUGCUGCUAGCUGUGCUGAACAUGCCUUUUGCUCUGAUAACCAUCAUCACGACCCAGUGGGUUUUUGGGGAUGUCUUCUGCCGAGUCUCUGCCAUGUUCUUCUGGCUGUUUGUCAUUGAAGGAGUUGCCAUACUACUCAUCAUCAGCAUUGACAGGUUCCUUAUAAUAGUUCAAAGGCAGGACAAGUUGAAUCCUUACCGAGCAAAAGUCCUCAUCGCUGCUUCAUGGGUUGCAGCCUUUGUUGUGGCUUUUCCACUCUCUGUGGGGAACCCCAGCCUACAGAUACCUUCAAAAGCACCUCAGUGUGUAUUUGGCUACACAACAAACCCUGGUUACCGCGCCUAUGUGGUAGUGGUGGCUUUGAUCUCCUUUUUCAUUCCAUUCCUCCUGAUGUUAUAUUCUUUUAUGGGCAUCCUCAAUACUGUACGGCACAAUGCAGUUCGUAUCCAUAGUCACCCAGAUAGCAUAUGCCUCAGUCAAGCCAGCAAACUUGGCCUCAUGAGCCUCCAGAGACCCUUUCAAAUGAAUAUUGAUAUGAGCUUUAAAACUCGUGCCUUCACCACCAUACUGAUUUUAUUUAUUAUCUUCAUAAUUUGCUGGGCUCCCUUCACCACCUACAGCCUUAUUGCCACAUUUAACAGCCACUUUUACCACAAGCACAACUUUUUUGAGAUAAGCACCUGGCUCCUUUGGCUCUGCUACCUCAAGUCUGCUCUGAACCCACUCAUCUACUACUGGAGAAUCAAGAAAUUUCAUGAUGCGUGCUUAGACUUAGUGCCCAAGUACUUCAAGUUUUUGCCACAGCUACCUGGUCACGCUAGAAGACGUAUCCGACCUAGUGCUGUUUAUGUGUGCGGGGAGCACCGGUCAGUAGUGUAAGCCUCGCAGCAAAUGGACUUUUGCUCUUUUCUGAUGUAUGCCUGUUUUAGUGUUUUUUAAUGGCUCCUUUAGCUGUCAGAUUUAUAAUUUUUGGAACUUAUUUCAGUGUCACAUUCAAUUUCAAGGAGAUAUUUGUUGAGCCUUGCUACCAGAACUAACUAUGCUGUAUUGUUGACUACAUACUAAAGAAGCUCUGUAUACGCGGGGGAGGAAUUGUCUGUACAGGGCGGAGCUUCCUAUUACAACUGUGUUUGCUGCUGAAGAGACCAGUUGAAAUGCCAUUUUUCUCUUCUGCAGGCACAGCUGCAGCAGUGUAAGCUUCAAAGAAACCCUGUACCAUUUGCACAGUUCUUCCGUCCACAUGUAUGUAGCUCUUUGGGGAUAGUUGCCACUGCCUCCCAGGUUCUGUGGUAGAAAGAAAAACUCAUUCUGGGUGUAUGUCAGGUUUGAUGCUGAAGACUGCUAACGAUUUCAUUUCAUGGUAGAUGUUGUUAAUGCUGCUAUUUUAUGGUACAUUUAGGUGAAUAGUUAACAGGUUUUUCUUUUUCCCAAAAAAUGUUGCUGCUUUAUACCACCAUAGAUGAGCCAAAAAGUUUGCAUUUAAUUGAUUGUUUCCAGAGUUGCCGUAACAUCAAAGGGAAAAAAAAAACAUAUUCAUGCACUUUAAACAGAACUGGGUGGAGGGGAGUGGGGGGUGUGUGAAGAAAAGUUUGGUCACCUUUUGUGUUUUUGUUUCUUUCUGCAAGGUUUUAUUCUUCCACCAGUUUUGCAGUGUUUCAGAAUGAUGCUGUAACAUAUUUUGUUUUCAGAACUAUUUUAUAGUCCCUUUUGAAUUUACUUGAAUGUCAGAAAUAUCCAGUGCAAAUUUAUUUAGGUGAAGAUACAUAAAUAACAUUUAUUACAAUCCAGAAGAAUUAAAGUGCUUUAAGUCCUUCUAAAGUCAGAAAGAAUUAAACUGAACUCCAGUUAUUUAAACAUACAUUGUCUUUGGAUGUGAUUUCAGUGGGAUGUAUAUGUGCUGGAUUAUACAUAUUCUAUAUUGUGAAUUUAGCCCCCUAAAAGAAUAAUUGAUACUGCAUUUUUAAAAAAUCAUAUAGUCAUUAAUUAUAUGUAAGCAUACCAUGGAAAUGUGGACUCUGCCCUUUGAAUACCAGAUCCAUGUCCUGAAUUGUUCUGAAUCAAUAGUUAAUUAGAAGAGAGGCUUGAAAUUUAGUUUUGUAAUGUUCAAAUACAUUUUUAAUUUAUAAAAUUGGAGCCAUACACAGUAUACAACUCCUUUGACAGAGAAGUUUUUUGGAAAAGAUUAUUUGACUAAACUGGGAAAAUAAAAUGUUCCACAUUUUCUCUCCCUACACCUACAAAUUGAUAUGCUUGCUCACUUGAAUUAUGAAAGUUAUUUAUUUUUUC